AUGGAACUAAAUGCUUCUCUACUUGCCAUAAUCAUCUUGCUAUCUAUAUAUAUAGUUUUCAACAUUUCCAACAAAUUCUCAUUCAUCGAGAAUAAGAAGCAAAAGCUUCCUCCGGGCCCAAAUGGCCUCCCCAUCAUCGGAAGCCUCGUAACAAUUGGAGGCCGAACCCACGAAUCCAUAGCCAACCUAGCCGAAACCUACGGCCCACUCAUGACACUAAGGCUCGGAUUCGUCAACGUUGUCGUAGCUUCCUCUGCAGAAACGGUGAAAGAAAUUCUUCAGACGCACGAAAUGGAAUUCAUAGGUAGGCCCAUCCCAGAUGCGGCCACAGCAGAGAACGGGUACGAGCUCGCUCUGCCGUGGCUAUCUGUGGGCCCCCACUGGAAGAAACUCCGAAAAAUAUGCAACGCCCAUCUUUUCACGCCUAUGAAGCUAGAUUUGAUCCAAUAA